CACAAAAGAGGAAAUACCCAGCCAUCAGUGCUUCAUGCUAUCAGCUCCCUUCCUGUGUCGACUGAAGGGGAAGGGAUUGUGAGAGUCCACGGGGAUAUUGUGUACACCCACCUUGAUGACUGUGUAGAGAGUGAGGGGAUCGACUCUGAAGGUGCAACCUCAAGAGAUGGCCCUCAGCAAACCGGUCUUCAGCCUGAUGGAGGACCUGACCUGCUCCAUCUGCCUGUCCCUGUUUGUGGAGCCGGUGCGGCUGAGCUGCGAGCACAAUUUCUGCAAGUCCUGCAUCCAGAGGUGCUGGGGGAAGCAGCGCAAAGCGGCGUGCUGCCCGGAGUGUCGCGCUGUGGCCCCCAGCAGAGGCUACACCAGCAACAGGGUGUUGGCCAAUCUCUGUGAGAAAGCCCGGCAGCUGGAGCUGAACCCGGCUCUGCAGCAGGAAGGGGGUCCCCGCUGUCUGGAACACGAUGAGAAGCUGAAGCUGUUCUGUGAGGACGACCACGCUCUGAUCUGUGUCAUUUGUCGAGAUUCCCCCGCACACUCAGGCCACAGCUUCCUGCCUGUCACUGAUGCAGUGAGAAAGUACAAGGAUCAGUUGAAAGCAUCUUUGGAUUCCAUGGAGAAUGAAAAGGAACGUAAAAGUGAAUUAAAGCGACAACUGCAGAGAGAGAUUUCCGAACUGCAUCAACUCACCGGAUCCCUGGAGAAGGACAUCUCUGCACAGUUUUUCAAAAUCCAUCAAUAUCUCGAAGACAAAGAGAAAUGUUUAAUCGAAGAGCUGAGGCAAAAGAAGGAGGAAGAUCUGCGACCAAUGGAGAAGAACCUGAAAAGAAUCGAAGAGGAACUAACUUCGCUAGAGGAGGGGAUAUCGAACCUUUCUAUAGACAUCAAACAGCAAGACAAUAUCGCUUUUCUCAAGGAAGCAAAGAGAUUGGGAGAAAGAUAUCUGUCCAAGAAGGAGGACAGCGAAGAUGCAGAGAGCAGUGAAGCUGAAGAAGAUAACAAUAAAAGCCAGGAUUCUGAGGAUGAUGAAGGAGAAGGAAGUGAAUGCUCAGCAGAAGAAGAAAAAGAGACGCCUCUGUAUUCAAGAAGGAAAUACACAGGAUUCCGGGGCCCGUUGCUCUACACAGUGUGGAAGCAAAUGAAACAGAUGAUCUCUCCGGCCCCAGCCUCACUGACCCUGGACCCAAACACUGCGCACCGUAAUCUCAUCCUGUCUGAGGAUCUGACCAGUGUGAGACACAGUGACAGGGAAUUGCAGCUUCCUGACAACCCAGAGAGAUUUGACAGGGCUCCAUGUGUUCUGGGGUCACAGGGAUUCACAUCAGGGGAACACUACUGGGAGGUGGAGGUGGGGGAGAAGGCUGAGUGGGACGUGGGUGUGACUAAAGAGUCUGCAAAUAGGAAGGGAAAGAUAACACUGGGACCGAGGAGUGGGUACUGGGCAGUGUGGCUAAUAAAUGGGGAUGAAUAUGAAGCCACUGAAAGCUCACUAGUCACCCUGACUCCAACUGUGAAACCCAGGAGCAUUGGAGUUUACCUGGACUAUGAGGGCGGACUGGUGACCUUUUACAAUGCUGAUGACAUGUCCGUUCUCUACACCUUCACUGACACAUUCACCGAGAAACUCUUCCCUUAUUUCUGUCCAGGGUUCUUCGAAGAGGGUAAAAAUGAUGUUCCUCUUCAACUGUGUCAUUUCAAAUAAUAGAUUCCUAAACUGGUGGCUCUGAGUAAUUCUCCCUCAUUGGCGGAUGGAGGGGAGGACAUAAAGUGAAAUGUGACCUCAGCCCUCAGUGUAUGUCAUACAUAUGUCUGAUGGUGACUUAUGAGUUUGUCUGUGUUUCUACCUUGUGGUACCUUAAAAAACCUGAUUGAAACUGUGUGUAGUCUGGCUGGGUGUGAGGUGGGCAAACCAGGAGUCAGGUGGGAUCAGGCGGAAAGUGUUUUGCCUCUUCUGCUUUUCCUGCCAGGAGGGUCAGGAAUUUAACCCAAGGAAUCAGCCUGCAUCUUCAGAAAGGGGAAUGAUUUUGGGAAUCCGAAUCUUUGUUUUGUGCUGUUUGAACAAUUGUAAGCCGCGCAUCACUUGUGGGUGGUGUUCGGUUCUGAUGUAAUAUUUUCCUAAUAUACAAUACAUUUUUUGACAUAUGUAUGAAGA